AUGGAGCAUGAAGAAAGCCCAGAGGCCCUAAUCCCACUCUUCAAGCUUGAACGCGUCUUAAAUCAGGAUCAGAAUGGAAAGCGCGGGGGACCAGCUUUAUGUCUUGCCGAGCGUGCAGCCUUUCCAAGUGAUGAGGAAGCCCUUACUGAGUUCCACUCCGCUCUCGUCAAUGUCAAGAAUCUUGGCAAUAAUGACAUUUAUCGAUGGUACAUGGCGUCUUCGCGAACCACAGAAACCUCACCGCCAGAAUUAAAACUGAAUCUUAUCUACCCAUGUACUGAGAAGCAUAUCAAGAAGUACUCCCCCCAAGAAGUUCGUAUGGUGACCGAGACCCCCGAUAUCUACAAAAACCUUGUGAGGCCUUACAUGCAGCGCAUGCGGGAGGAAGGCCGUUUGAAUUGGGUGUUCAAUAUUCUCGAAGGACGUGCUGAGCAGGACGAUAUUCUGCUUCGCGCAAAGGGGCAAUCUGCAGAUGGCCAGGACGAAGAAUUUCUGCUGAUGCCAGAUCUGAACUGGGAUCGCAAGACCCUUUCAAGCCUCCAUCUUCUCGCCUUUCCGACUAGGAGGGACAUCUGGAGCUUACGCGAUCUGAAGAAGAGUAACAUCAUUUGGCUAAAGGAGAUGAAGGAGAAGAUCUUGGAUGCCACAGCGAAGCUUUACAAGACGAUUGAGAGGGACCAGAUCAAGCUUUACGUUCAUUAUCAGCCAACUUAUUACCAUUUCCACAUCCAUGUCGUACACGUGAUGUGCGAAGCGACUGCUACUCAGGCUGUCGGCAAAGCUUUUGGCCUGGAGAACAUCAUAAGCCAGCUGGAAUGUAUGGCCGGAGGACCCGACGCGAGCAUGGCCGAAGCAACUCUCACCUACCACUUAGGCACUUCAACGGACUUGUGGACCGAAGUCUUCUCACCUCUCAAAGAAAGUACAAAAGACUGA